AUGUCGGUGAAACCGCGCAAAAUGAAAACAUUCCAGUCUUGCCUCCAUGAACGCACGAAAAAGAUAUUGGCACUUAUUCCUAAAGAACGUGCACCAUCUGAAACAGGUGAUAGUUCCGACGUUGAAAAUGAGCUUGAAUCACACUCUGAUCCUUCUAACUUCAGUUCACCUGCACCAUCUAUUGCAUCUUCGCUAGAGCGCUUAAACAUCUUAGAUAGUCCCGAUGAAGAUCCUCCUGAAACAAUUAUUCAAACCGACGACGACCUUGAGCAGACUCCUUUGACUCCGAUUUUACAAAAAGUUUUCCCAAAUCAGUCGCAGGAACCCAAUUACUCGAACUUACCGUCCAUAUCCUCUUUUCCCUUGUUGCCCACACCUGUAAACAGAAAAAGAAGACUCAGAGGACCAUCUGUAGUAACAAAAAAGAGACCGAAGCGAAUUCAAAAGUUUUCCCUCACUUACAAAUGGAAACAGUGUAAUUUUUUGUACAGAGCUCAAAUAGAAGAUUCCGUAGAAACUGAAAACCCUCCCGAAAUCUGUUCACCUUUUAGUUAUUUUUCAAUGUUUUUCUCCGAAAAUGUCAUGGCAAAUGUUGUGCAAGAAACGAACGCAUAUUCUGUGCAAAAUACUGGCCGCUCCAUAAAUUUGACUGAAGACGAAUUCCGCGAUUUCCUUGCAAUUCAUAUUCUGAUGGGCAUAGUAUCGUUACCGUCAUAUUUAGACUACUGGAGCAAAAAAUACAGGUACGAUAAAAUUGCAAGUAUCAUGCCUCUGAAGAAGUAUGAAACAAUCCGCCAAACUUUACAUUUUGCAGACAAUAACUUUGAUAACUCUGACCGAAGCAACCGCCUUAGAGGAGCCGAAAACAAAUUGGUGAGCGAAAAGGCACUAAAAAAGAAACAUAGAGGAGCCUUUAGUCAAACCGUAUGCAACAAAAACAAGUUGUCGGUUGUGAGGUGGCACGACAACAAAGCGGCUACUCUUAUCAGUUCCUAUACUGAUGCUGAACCAGUCCAUAGGAUCAAGAGAUAUUGUAAGUUUGCGAAGAGGAAAGUCGAUGUUGAUUAUCCUAAUAUUGUGAAGGAAUAUAACAAAAACAUGGGCGGAGUCGAUUUAUCUGACAUGCUGAUUGCCUUGUACAGAACUCCAUUCAGGAGUAAGCGUUGGUACAUGGCAAUAUUUGCACAAAUGAUUGAUAUUUGCGUGAACAAUGCGUGGAUCCUGUAUCGCAAACAUAAAGGCUCUGACAGUAAAUACAUGCGGCUGAAAGAUUUCCGGUAUGAAAUAUACCGUGGUUUAAUCAGCACAAAUAGAAGUGCUAAAUAUCAGAAAACGGAAGAAAGCACGAUCAAGCACGUUUGUAAACCAAGACCAGCUGACAGUUCACGUUAUGAUGGAGUUGCGCACUUUCCUUCAGUGAAGGAAGAAGGUCGUUAAGCAGAUAACAACAUGCGUCUUAUUACUCUGUUCGCCAUAAGCAUAGUGGCUGUUGCUGCUGUUCCACAAAGCCCUCCUUUAUCUUCGAGGAUCAUAGGUGGAUCGCCUACGUACAUCGACAGAUGGCCUGAGAAAGCUAACAUUAUGCUCUUGGCAGGCGGUAAUGCUCUUAAUCAACAUUGUGGUGGUACUAUCCUCAACAAUAGGUCUAUUUUAACUAGUGCGCAAUGUGCCCUUGGGAGAGAGUACUCUUAUCCAGCAAAUCAGUUCCGUGUGCGUCUUGGUUCCACAUGGGCCAACAGCGGUGGAGUCGUUCACAACAUCGCGUUUCUUAUUACGCACCCGAAUUACAACGUGUGGACUUUAGAUAGCGAUGUUAUGAUUAUGCGCAGCGCUACCAACUUUGUUUACACCCAUGUUCUUAGACAAGGAACAAUCGCUGGCGCCAACUAUAUCCUCGGUGACAACCAACCAGUAUGGAUAACUGGCUGGGGAGCAUGGGAAGGUGUUAGUCUUCGAGUCGAGGAUGUUUACGGACCAGAUUCGAAGUCCGAGAAGAAGAAAGAGAAUCCAUUUAACAGUGAACAAGCCGUCACACCAAAAGGUGGCAAGCUCCACAUAGGGGAUGAAGAACAACCGUCGACAUCCAAAAAAACAUUUAAAAACGUGUUACAACGCCUAAAUCUAAAAAUAAAACUACAAAUCUGGAGUGAAGAAAAUAUGAAAAAAGCAAUUCAAGCCGUCUUUGACAAAAAAUGUUCUGAGAAAGCUGCCGCAGAUCGAUACGAAGUUCCACGUACUUUUUGGCAGGAUCGUAUCAAAGCUAUGAAACAAGGUCAUGACAUUGCCCUCAAGCCAAAAUUAGGACGUUUUCAACUGACAUUUAAACCUGAGGUUGAAAGACUUGACUUACUUAAGACUUUGUAA